AAAGAACAUUGGAAAGGUGCGCGGAGUGGUUACACUUUUUCGCUCGUUUCAUGUAUGAAAUCGGUUAAUUCGGUGCCUUCGGUACGGCGGAAAACGUGCAUUAAGCGGUCACACGGCGGCCCCGCGAUUCAGUGGCAGUGUGCGUACGGAAAGUGGCCACCGUUUUCCCGUCGAAAUCUAACACCGAUUCUUGGCCAAUUGCUGUGGUGGUGUUGUAGGGCCAGCCAUUCGAUACGAAGGGGCAGCAAGAUGGCGGCCGCCUACUAAGAAAGAAGACACACACAGGCAAAACCGACGACGGGAGAACCCCCGGUUGGGUUUGUUCGGGUACGCAUAAAGUGGAACCGUGGUGAAAGUGUAUUAUUUUCCGCUUUUUCCGGUUUUUCUUUUCUUGUGUCGGGGGUGGUCAGCUUUUCCCCGGAUCGUGUGCACGGUGCAGUGUGGUUUUCGUCGUGUGAUUGUUUCAUAUUUUUCGGUGUCUUGUGUCGUCGAUUGUCAUACGCGGGGGUGGCACAGUGUGGUGUAGUGCGGGUGGCGGGCGAUAGUGGCAAGGAAAACGUAACGGAACCGGAGCAGCAGUCGUUUCGGUUCCUUACCGGGGACAUAGGCAAGGAUGUGACAAUGGAAAUGUGCGUAUCGUAAUGGAUGCAACGAGCGGCGGAGCGUAUUGGGUAAUUAACGCAAGAACACAACAACAACGCAACCUCUCAACAACGCCACCAUCGACGGAAAGGACGAGGGGGAGAAGAAGGGGGCGAGCGACACGGAGCAAUAGGCGGACACCCCGCUGCUGCAGCCAACGCCAACGUGCACGGGCGACAAUUGCAGCGGUGCAUUCGGAUAGGAAUUAAGAACAAAACGGAAGCAAAGAAAGAAAAUCCGCGUGCACACACACACAUACACAGCCACGCACGCGAGCAUAAAGCACGCCACCGUCUAUAAGUGGCUACUUACGCUGAAAGGACAGAAGAAACCGCAAGAAACAGGGAAAGAUUCCGCACGUCGUCUGGAGUGGUGACACAAAAAGUGCGUGUGAGUGUGAGCAAGCGAGAAAAACAAUAUAGACACACAAAAGAAGCCGCGCAAAACAAGGGGCUCGUCUGCUGUUCUUGCCCUGUCUGCCUGCGCUAUCGGUUGCAGCUGAACGGCAGCAGUAUGAGUAUGCAACUGCUACUACGAUUAAUAUUGCUCCGGUUGGUCGGUGGCAUGCUACCGCUGGAUGCUGUACUGAAGGGAAAACAACAACCGUCCUCGUCUGCCGGCGGUACCGAACACGGACAUGGGCAGCAGCAACAGCACCGCCAGCAACAUGGCCACGGUCCGAGUGUGCUGGACGAUAUUGUCGCUCGGUACAGUUUGCCAAACGGGACCAGCGGGUUCACCCAUCUGACGUACGAUCCCACCAGGCGUAUAUUCUAUGCCGGGGCCACCAAUCGGGUGCUGCAAUUGAAUGAAAAUCUAACGCUCCUACGUGAGGCCAUCACCGGACCGAAGCUGGAUUCGGCCCAAUGUCAUGCGGCCGGCUGUCCGCCCGAUGUGCUGGACAGUGUGGAGACGGACAAUUACAACAAGGUGCUGCUGUACAACCGGGACGGUGAUACGUUGAUUGCGUGCGGCAGUGUGCACCAGGGUGCGUGCGAAAUUUACUACUUAAGCGGCCGCUUUCCGGACUCGUCGAAACCGAUCGAGGUGGCACUGGCGGCCAACGAUGAACGGUCAACGACGUACGCAUUCAUUGGGCCGAGCCGGUAUCAGUCGUGGAAGAAGGAGGACAUUAUGUACGUCGGUACGACGUUUACGAACGUGGGCGAUUACCGGCAUGAUGUGCCCGCUAUCUCAUCCCGCCGGUUGGACGAUUUAACGUACGCGGAGUUUUCCAUCCAACAGUCGAACAUUAACAUCGACGUAAAGUAUCGCGAUCACUUCCUGGUCAACUAUCUGUACGGUUUCAACAGCACCGAGUAUGCGUAUUUUGUGCUGGUACAGAAAAAAUCUCACCUUGCGGACGAAGCCGGUUACGUGACACGAUUGGCACGUAUUUGCGUAAAUGAUCCCAACUACGAUAGCUACACGGAGGUAACAAUUACUUGCAUGGUAAACGGGACGGAUUAUAACAUCCUGCGGGAUGCCAAGCUGGCGCAAGCGGGUCAAAAAUUAAGCAACGACAUGGGUAUCAAACGGGAAGACUAUUUGCUGGUGGCAGUCUUUUCACCCUCAAAAGAAAUUACAGACGAACCGCAAAAUCGAUCCGCGAUCUGUAUGUACAGCCUGAAAGACAUCGAGGAAGUGUUUAACGAAAACAUUCACUCCUGUUUCAACGGCACGAUUAAGGAUCGCAAUCUCGGAUACAUUUCCGGCACGAUCAACGAUGGCAAGUGUCCGGUUGCUGGAUCGCUGGGUAACAUUUUUAGCUUCUGUCACGUCGGGCUGAAAAUUAGCGGAGUUACGCCAGUGAUCGCACAGGCUCGGUUUGCGUUCGGCGAAGGAGUUUCGCUUACGUCGAUCGCGGUUACCAACAUCGGACCGCAUACGCUUGCGUUCGUUGGCAGCAACAAUGGGUGGAUUCGCAAGGUGCUACUGUCCGGACGGGAAGCAGGUGAAUACGAGCGGUUGCUGGUAGAUGAGGAAGGUUUAUCGAUCCUCCCGGAUACGAUGUUUGCACCGUCGAACGAUCAUCUUUAUGUGCUAUCGGAGCGGAAGGUGAUCAAGAUGAAGGUGGAACACUGUGGAACCUUUGGGAACUGUUCCGCCUGUUUGGAAUCGCGUGAUCCGUACUGUGGAUGGUGUUCGCUCGAGAAACGCUGUACGGUGCGUACGGCCUGUCAGAAGGAUACAAGCGCGGCCCGCUGGCUAUCGAUCGGCACCGGGCAGCAAUGUAUCGACUUUGAAAUGGUAGCACCGGAUCGCGUUCCGGUUGGCCAGAUGUCAGUCGUCCGGUUAGUGAUUAAAACGCUUCCGGAACUCCCGCACAAUGCACAGUACCGGUGUGUGUUCGGUAACGCAACACCGAUCGAUGCGAACGUCACGAAGGAAGGUUUGAUAUGCACAACACCACCCGUCAUCGAACGGCCGGCUAUUCCCGACGGGCAGGAUCACGUGCUGGUACCGCUGAGUGUUCGUAGCUCCGAAACGAACAAGGAUUUUGUGUCGCGUAGCUUCGCUUUCUAUGACUGCACCAGUCACGAUACGUGCCGGAAGUGUCUGGUAAGCAAUUGGGGAUGCCACUGGUGUAUCUACGAUAAUAGAUGCGCCUUCAACACGACUGCCUGCCGCAAUUCGGCCAACAUCGUACAGAACGAAGCGUCCUGUCCACGGUUGAAGCAACGUGCCGGACCGAUACUGUUGCCCAAUAAGGUGCCGAAAGAAAUUCGACUCGAGAUCGAAAAUCUGCCUCGGCCGCAGAGUGCACACACAGGUUUCCUCUGCACGGUGAACAUUGAGGGUGCACACAUGGUGCUACCGGCACGUGUCGAAGCCAACAAAUACAUUGUGUGCGAGAAGACACUGUAUUCAUACGAAGCAUCCACCAACGAGUACGAAGCAACGGUCGAUGUCAAUUGGAAUCGGAAUCACUACAUCGAUACGGUGACGGUCGUGCUGUACAAGUGUGAAAUUCUCGGUUCCCAUCGGGAUCAUGCCGACUGCAGCUUGUGUGUGACGCGUGAUCCCAAAUAUCAGUGUACCUGGUGCGGGCAGCAGUGCAGCUAUAAUGAAUCAUGCCUCGAUGGUGGCGGUUCCAUGAUGAUGCGAGGCCGCGGAGAGGACGGUGGUUGUCCACGGCCACGUAUUGAUCUGAUCAAACCACUCAGCGGUCCGAUCGAGGGUGGCACACUGGUCACGAUCGAGGGCAGCAAUCUGGGCAUACGGGAAGAGGACGUACGCGGCCGUAUUCAUAUCGGCGAGGUACCGUGCGAACUGGAACGAUACGAAAUAUCGGUCCGCAUCGAGUGUCGUACCGGGGCAGUACGUUCGGAAAUGUCCGCACCGGUUAAGGUGGGCAACGAGGCGGGCUAUACAAUGUCCAGUGUGGAGUUCCGGUACCGGGAUGUGCAACUGGAAGGGCUUAGUCCAACGAUGGGACCUCAGUCGGGCGGUACCAAACUGUCCAUCAUCGGUAAGCACCUGAACGUGGGCACUGCAGCGGUCGCCUACCUGGACGAUUAUGAGUGUCGCAUCAAUCGCACGCAAGCAUCUUCGAGUAGGCUCACGUGCAUAACGUCGGCGGCUCGCUCGCCGGAACACAUCCGUGUGUUGACGCUUCGAAUCGAUGGUGCGAAUCGAACGCUUGCCUGCAGCACCAGCGGUGGUAAUAGCGCACCAACGGGCGAACGAGUGCGCGGAUCAACGUACGGUGCGGCUGGCACCUAUCACAGCCGGUACGAAACGUGCAGCGUGUACAAUUACACCGUCGAUCCGAAGAUCAUGCAAAUUAAGCCACUGAAAAGCUUCCUCAGCGGUGGCCGUAUGAUGACGGUGCACGGUACGAACCUCGAUGCUAUCCAGCUGCCGGAGAUUGAGGUGUACCUGAACGAUGAACGGCUGAACCGGUCCACCUGCACCGUGCUCAACUCGAACCAGAUGGAAUGCCCAUCGCCGUCUGUACGCGAGGCAUGGUCGGCGUUGCAACAGCAGCAAUCGCUGUUGCGCAACUUAAGUGUCGCACCGAGCGAUUAUUCACCGCCGCGGAUGCUAUCCGGUUUCGUAUCGGCCGAUGGGCGUUCGUAUUCGUUGACGUCGACGUCGGGUCCGUUGGUCACGGCCGCAGCACCCCUGUCGCCGUUUCAUCCGUCCGAGCAGCAGCUGCAGCUGCUGCUACAGAUCAACUUCCUGAUGGAUAGCGUCCUGUCGGUGCGCAACCUGCCAAAACAUUUUCAAAACCUGCGCUCGGCUAUUGUUUACGUGGAGGAUCCGGUGUUUCAACCGUUUCCCAACACGAUCAAGAUGUACAAAGGUGACACGCUGGUGAUUGAGGGUGAGCACCUGAAUGCGGCCAGCGACGAAACGGAUGUGAACGUCACAAUCGGUAUGGCGCAAUGUAACGUGACGAGUUUGGCACCGACCCAGCUCGUGUGUACACCUCCUCUAGAGCAACCUGCCCCGACCGAUGAGAACGGAGUUCCUACUGUAAAAGACUUGCCCCUGGUCGUAGUCCGUGUGGGUCGUAAUUUACGCUUCCCUAUAGGUUUUAUCAAGUACGAUCUUAUUAAACCGUACGCUGUUUCACACAUUCUAUUUGGCGUAAUUGUGAGCGGUAUCUUCUUCGUGGUGUCGUUGCUUGCCAUUCUGUUCAUCUAUCGCCGCAAGAGUACGCUGGCGGAGCGUGAGUAUAAGCGCAUUCAGAUACAGAUGGACACGCUCGAAAGCAAUGUGCGCAUGGAGUGUAAGCAAGCGUUUGCCGAACUGCAGACGGACAUGACCGAUCUGACGGCGGAUCUCGAGAGCUCCGGCACGCCGACGCUCGAUUUGGUCAAUUACGUAAUGAAGGUGUUCUUUCCGGGCGUUUCGGAUCAUCCGGUACUGUUGGCGAAUGGGGCCAAGCUGCACGGACAUCAUCACCACGGCCAUCUUCACCAUGGUGGCCACCAUGGUCAUCCGCAUCAACGUACCAACUACGAUCAAGCGAUGGUGCUGUUCGAACAGCUGAUCAACAAUCGUGUGUUUUUGCUGCUGUUUAUCGAUACACUCGAAGCGCAGAAAACUUUCACCAUACGGGACAAAGUAAACGUAGCGUCACUGCUCAUGAUAGUGCUGAUGAAUCAGAUGGACUAUGUGACGGACAUAUUGAAAAGCUUGCUGCUGCGGCUGAUCGACAAAUCGGUAAUGACAAAGCACCCGCAAUUGAUGCUCCGCCGGACGGAAAGUGUCGUCGAGAAGAUGCUGACCAACUAUAUGGCGCUGUGCAUGUAUGACUAUCUGCGCAAUUACGCCGGCAAUUCGCUCUUUCUGCUGUACAAAGCGAUCAAACACCAGAUCGAGAAGGGUCUGGUCGAUGCGGUUACGCACGAUGCCCGGUACUCGCUGAGCGAAGAUCGGCUGCUGCGCGAACAAAUCAUUCACAGUGUCGUAUCGCUGCACAUCAUCCAGGACGAUCUGGAUGAGAAGGUGCAGUGCAAGGUGCUGGACUGCGAUACGAUCAGCCAGGUGAAGAGCAAGGUGCUGGAUGCAUUGUUCAAGAACACACCAUUCUCGCUGCGUCCGAGCGUGCAUGAUCUCGAUCUCGAGUGGCGGCACGGACGCGGGGGCCAUUUGGUGCUGCGGGACGAAGAUGUCACCACCAAGUCGGUGCACGGAUGGAAGCGCCUUAACACGCUCGCCCACUACGGCGUGAAGGAAUCGGCCGUAAUGUCGCUGGUCGCGCGGCCGCACGAUGGCUACAAUACGCCCGGGCGUCACAUCUUCCCAUACUGUUACUACAUCAACAAUCCGCCGUCCUCCAAUCAUCAGCUAUCGUCGACGACCUCGCCGCACGGUCAGCAACAGUCGCAGGUCGGCGUGUUCCAUCUAGUUAAACCGAUGGACGAUCGGUUCUCGACGCUUUCGUCGUACGAUCAGCACGGUUCGUCAUCGUCGGCGCACGGUGCAUUGUACGGUGGUGGGCCGGGCAGUGGCAGCCACCAUAAAGCAAUACCGGAGAUCUUUCUGACACGCCUGCUGGCGACCAAGGGCACGAUACAGAAGUUUGUCGACGAUCUGUUCGCGACGAUAUUGACGGUGAACGAGGCACUGCCACCGGCGGUCAAGUGGCUGUACGAUUUGCUUGAUGCGGCCGCCCGCCACCACGGCAUUCACGAUCCGGAGGUGAUACAUGCGUGGAAGUCGAACGGAUUGCCAUUGCGAUUUUGGGUGAAUUUCAUCAAAAAUCCCGACUUCAUAUUCGACAUCUACAAAACGCCCUCGGUCGACGUGUGCCUGAGUGUGAUCGCGCAAACGUUCAUGGACGCGUGUUCCACAACCGAGUACCGUCUGGGGAAGGAUUCACCCUCGAACAAGCUUUUGUUCGCGAAGGACUUACCUCAGUAUCGGGAAAUGGUUUCCAAUUUCUACGCCGACAUUGCCAUGAUGCCUCAAAUCAGUGAUCAGGAGAUGCGAAGCGCCAUGCAAAGGUUAUCCAUCCACCAGCAGCAGUUCGAUACGUUAGCCGCAUUAAAGGAACUCUACAUUUACGUUAGCAAGUAUCGUUUACAGAUUAAGGAAGUAUUAGAAAUGGACUUGACGGCAAGCAAGUUACAUUUAGCGCAUAAGCUUGACCUCGUCGCAGCAACAUUAGAAGAUGAUGAAUGCAAAACAAUUGAUUAUUAUGAAUAACAACAAAUGCCAGCCGGGAUGACAACGACGACGAGAAAGAAGCGACAGUUUUUAACGAAUGGCCAUAUUUUAAAGCACGCAGAAAGUACAUCUGCGUGAAAUCUCUUAGUGAAAGCAUUUAAAGAAACAAAACAAAACCACGCAGAGGAAGUAUAACAGUAUAACAAUGUGCUCUUCCGUCUUCGAUUCGUACUUUUUUCCCAGUUAACCCGCCGCGGAAGCGGGAACCGUUUAUUGCGGGGAAAUGCAGCGUGCCGAAAGAGAAAAAUGGUAUUACAGGUAGUUAAGGGCACACCCGGCCGCCAUUCCUUCGCGAAACGAAACGGUGCACGUAAAAAAAAGGGAAGCAUUUAAUAGUUUAAAUAGUACCGUACUCUCUACUUAAUCUUCGGGCCGACCCGAAACAAAGGUCCGAACGAUGUUUUGAGCCUAGUGAAUACGAUGAAGCGAGAAGACGUAAUAUUGGAAAACGGAUAGUGCAUUAACGCACCGAUGAGGAUAUAGAGGAGCGAGCGAUGAUGAUGGGACAUGUUAUGUCCAUUUAUUUAUAGUGUUCAAAGGAAGCAGAAAACGGAGAUGAAUAAGAAUGAAAGAUGAUUAUACUCAUAAAAAAACUCCUCACGAUCACGAACAAGCUCUCUCGGCGUCACUUUUCCCGAUCUCAUAUCCUCCACCGCCUGGAAGGAGGGCGGAAGAGGGCGGGUCAGGAGAUGUCACAAUUAGAGGAUACUCUUGGGGGCCCAUUGUUGAGUGGGCUCUUGCAUUUUAAAAUGGAUAGCAUCUAAGUUUUUUCCAGCCACUCUUAAUUAUUCUCUGAUCGGAGUUAUUUUUUAAACAAACAAGCGCAAUAGAUUUGCAGGAGUUGAAAGAAGUAUGUGCAGCAAAAUUUUCUUGCGCAACACGCGAGAAACAUAUAUACUCACACGCCCCAGAUCUGAACAGUCUCAGAGCAAGUGCAUGACGUAAGAAAUUAAAAGAAGAAAAGAAACAGAAAGACGAUUAUAGUCAGAAUUAGGAAUGAAAGUUAAUGAAACAAAACAUGAAAACACAGUGAUAAGGAAAUACAAUUCAAACAGAAACAAACAGACACCUUGGAAGAAAGACAAGAGAAAAUGUGACUGAUUGAAAUAAUAUACAAAAAAAGAACACAAGCGAGGAAGCGGGAAGUAAUAGUUUGACGAGCCGAGGAAGGGAGCAUGGAAUGUGUUCUCUCUCGAGAAUGCAAAACGACAUGUGACUCUGGCUAGGGGUGUGGAAAACGAAACAAAAGUACACAGUGUGUAAAUAAAACAAUUCCGUCUGAUGAUGAAUAUGACAG